AUGAGUCGAACCAUCAUCAACCGCAUGGCCUCUGAUCAUCGUAGAGACCGUACUCUCAAACCGGCAGCCCGGUCUAUCCGAACUUCUCCCCGGGACAGCCCCAAUUCCCUCCAAAUGCACAGUGCCCUCCGUCGAAGCGCUACCCGGCAGGCCAAAAACGAUAUAUCGCUUCUAGUCAGCCAGGCGACGGAGAGAUAUCUCUCACAACACCCUCCAGCGGGAUACUCACCGCAGCCAUUCCAGGGCACGCCCGCAGCAUCUUAUGGAACCACUCCUCCAGCAUUCCCCGCAAAACCUCCAACACGCACUCCUCCACAGAUGGCUGGGGGCAUUCCCGCCGCUGUCGAGCAGCCUGCCCAUGCCUCCUGGUCUGCCGCAGCAACCAGUCAUGGAGGCAUGGGCAGGUAA